AUGAAUGCAGAAGGUUCAAGAUCUCAUGCCAUACUUUCAAUUUUCAUUGAAAGUACCAACCUUCAACUUCAAUCAGUUGGAAGAGGAAAGCUAAGUUUCGUGGAUCUUGCUGGUUCGGAAAGAAAUAAAAAGUCACGCUCUUCAGGCAGUGAACUUAAAGAAGCUCAAAGCUUUAAUAAAUCACUUUCAGCACUCGGAGAUGUUAUCAAAGCUUUGUCUGAACGAAAUCAACACAUACCCUACAGGAACGGUAAAUUGACGAUGUUGAUGAGUGAUUCAUUUGGUGGUAACGCCAAGACGCUAAUGUUCAUUAACUUCGCAUCAAGAAUUCGAUUGAUUGCGAAUGAUCCAACCAAAAAUGCUUCAAAAGGAGAAGAUCAAGAACCCGCAACUUUGCCCAUACCUUCAAUUUUCAUAUUGGUGGUGGUCGAAGCAUCCUCAGCUACGAAGCACGAAUACACUGGUUGA